AUGCGUAUUCGUCGUGAGGAGGCACAUCGGGCGCUAGAGCUCCUCGAGGAUUACCACCGGCGUCUCUACUCACCGGAAGACACCGAACUUCGACUCUCUAUUGAGCGCAUUAUUCGCAUCUUCAAAUCGAGUCUCUUUCAGGCACUGCUCGACAUUCAGGAAUGCUAUCAAGUGCAGGUGACUGAAGGAAAAGAGGCGAGCAGUGAUAAGGGAGACGGCUUUAUUGCCGCCAUCAACGGCAAAUCAUCGAUCAACAGCAACAGUGAUCCGUCGGCGCUAGAGCACCAUCAUCUUCAUCACCACAACCAACUACAAAACAGCAAAGUAGGAAACGGACUUGUGGAAGACUCGAACGAGGUGUCCGCAUCUGAAGUUCAGGAGCUGUUUAGUGGAAAACUAAGCGAAAUACUAGGCGCAGUGCUUCAGCACCAGCAGCAAAAAGAGCUGCAACAACAGCAGCAUCAACAACAGCAGCAUCAGCAGCUGCCGCCACCGCAGGUUGUGAGCACCCAUCCAAAGUCCGUGUCAUCGUCCGGCUCCUCGGUCGUCUCUAGCGUGGUCGUUAAUAGCCGUCGAAACGGCUCAACUCGACUCAACUCCGACUCAUCAUCCACUGCUGAACAGACGGAACCGCAUCUGACUGGACAGCUGUCGCAAACUCUACUGAGCAGCAAUCGAUCCAAUCGAGACAGUUAUCACUCAAACGGUUACGGCCAACACUCGCCUGAACCGACGGCCACGGCGGCGACGGCAGUGGCCACUGAGCAUCAGCAGCUUCCGUCAGGCGAAUUGAGCAGCUCUCAGCAUCCUCCGAACUCUUCCGACCUGGACGCUCUAGAGCGCAUCGAUCGGCUGACAUUAGGCUCUAACAGCCUUGGCCGGUCAUCGGCUGCCUCGGCCAACCGGUACAACCAACCGUUCCCUGCACUCGGCCACGGGCACAGCAACGGCAACAACAAUCAGUACAAAGACAUCAUUUCACCGGAAGACGUUCAGAUAGUGACGGAGGAGACGGAGCGUCCUCUGGCCCUCCUCCCCCCUGAUAAGAUGUCCUCUGGCUCGUGGGAGUAUGAAGAGAUUACCUUGGAGCGCGGAAACACCGGUCUCGGUUUCAGUAUUGCCGGCGGCGUCGAUAAUCCUCACAUUGCCGAUGAUGCCUCCAUUUACAUCACCAAGCUCAUCUCCGGCGGCUCCGCGGCCGCCGACGGUCGACUGCAGAUUGAGGACAUCAUUCUGAAGGUGAACGAGACCUCGCUGGUGGACGUGCCACACUCCAUUGCCGUCGAGGCGCUAAAAAGAGCCGGAAACCGAGUGCAGCUGCUGGUGAAGCGAAGAAAGUUGAUGAUACCGCCCUCUGCCUCGGCACCUGCCAACAUGGGCGGGGAACUGCUGCGCAUUGAGCUUUUCAAAGCCACCUCGAAGGGACUGGGCUUCAGCAUCGCCGGCGGCGUCGGCAACCAGCACAUUCCCGGCGACAAUGGCAUCUACGUGACGAAGAUCAUGGAGAAGGGCGCGGCGCACAUCGAUGGCCGCCUCGAGGUGGGCGAUCGCCUGGUGGCCGUCAAUGAGAACCAGCUGGAGGGGGUGACGCACGAGGACGCAGUGGCCGCCCUCAAGGCCACCGCCGACCAUGUGGUGCUGACUGUGCGCAAGUCCACCAAUCGACCAGUGCACCACCUUCCUGGUGGUGGUGGUGGUGGCGGUGUUGGCGGGAGCAGUGCCAUCACCGGUGCAGGAGCCGGCGUCUCCAACAGUCGCCCGCUGAACACCCGGAACAGUUUGCAGUCACUGCCUAGUGCGGCCAGCGGUGGUGGCGUCGCCAUGCCCUACCACCGCUCCGAAGACAGUCUCCUGGCGCCGGAGCACCGCACCACCACCACCAGCAAUAACCGCCAUUCGGCAGUGGGCGACCAGUCGCCGCUGAUCGGAGGGGACAGUGUCGAUGGGCGAGACAUUGACCGAGAGCCCCGGAAGGUGGUUCUCUCGAAGGGCACCACAGGCCUGGGCUUCAACAUUGUCGGCGGCGAGGACGGCGAGGGCAUCUUCGUGUCCUUCAUUCUCGCCGGCGGUGCCGCCGACCUGAGCAAUGAAAUGUUCCGCGGCGACCAGCUGCUGGCGGUGAACGGACUGGACCUGCGAACGGCGACGCACGAGCAGGCGGCGGCGGCGUUGAAGGGUGCCGGACAGACGGUGGCGCUGCUGGUGGCGUACCGCCCUGAGGAGUACCGCCGCUUUGAGGCGCGCAUUCAGGACAUCAGAGAGCAACACCUGCAGACGUCCGUCUCCACGGGCACACUGCGCACCUCACAGAAGAAGACGCUGUACGUGCGGACGCUUUUCGACUACGAACCGGUGCGCGACUCGGGACUGCCCUCCCGGGGACUGCCCUUCCGCUUCGGCGACAUCCUCCACGUGACCAAUGCGUCCGAUGACGAGUGGUGGCAGGCGCGUCGAGUGCUGCCGGACGGCACCGACGACGCCCUCAUCGGCAUCAUCCCCUCGAAGCGGCGUGUGGAGCGGCGAGAGCGAGCCCGCCUGAAAUCGGUCAAGUUCCACGGCUCCAAUGAGUACUCGGACGGCCGGUCGACGGGCACACUGGACCGCAAGAAGAAGAACUUCUCCUUCUCCCGGAAGUUUCCCUUUAUGAAGUCGCGCGAGUCCUCCAAUGAGGACAUCUCCGCCUCGGGCAGCUACGACCACCUGACGGAGGGCGAGGAGAGCGACAUUCUCUCCUACGAGGCCGUCUCCCAGGUGGACAUCGACUACAUGCGCCCGGUGGUCAUUCUGGGGCCGCUGAAGGAGCGCAUCAACGACGACCUCAUCUCCGAGUACCCGGACCGUUUCGGCUCCUGUGUGCCGCACACCACCCGACCGCCGAGGGAGGACGAGGUGGACGGCCGGGACUACCACUUUGUGCCCACCAGGGAGCAGAUGGAGCGCGACAUUGAAGCGCACCUGUUCAUCGAGGCCGGCCAGUACCGGGACAAUCUGUACGGCACCUCGGUGGCGGCGGUGCGCGAGCUGGCCGUCAACCAGCAGAAGCACUGCAUUCUGGACGUCAGUGCGGCCGCCAUUCGCCGGCUGCAGGGCGCCAACCUCCUGCCCGUGUCCAUUCUGGUGCGCCCGCGGACGCUGGAGCAGCUGCGCGAGUGGGACAAGCGAAUGGCGGAGGACGAGGCGAGGCGGCAGUUUGAGCGGUCUCUGCGAACGGAGCAGGAGUUUGGAGAGCUCUUCACCGCCAUCAUCUCUGCCGACACGCCCGAAGAGGUGUACGCCAAGGUGAAGCUCGUCAUCUACGACAACUCUGGUCCGGUCAUCUGGGUGGCUGCCAAGAACCAGAAAAUUUAG